AUGGGUCUUUUCAGUCGUCUACUGAAGGUUUCCGCCGCCGGUACUGUCGCCUCGGUCGGCGUAUUCUGGGGUGCCACGCGCAAUGACGUGUUUGAGCCCAUGGACACCUCUGAUCCAAUCUUCCAAUCGGCCCUUUUCAACAAGUUUAACCCCAAUCGCAAUCCUACCCUGCACGAUGUCUGUGUCCGCCGGAUUCCCCUAGACAAAAUCAAACCAGAGCUGUUAGAGAACAAGGGCAAGCUGGUGGAGGCCUUCUGCGCCGGUGUCUGGGGUGGCAUGGGAUACAUUCCCCAGCGCGCCUACCUGGAUCAAAAGUACCGGGGCCCCGAGACCGCCGACCACCUCUGGAAGCGAUCGGACCUACUUUCCAGCAACUACGAGGUCGGUACCCUCAUCACCGAUCACUUCGAAGUCGUCGAGAAGACCGAGGACCGCAUCACUGUCCGCUGCGGUUCCUCCCCUCGCAUCCGUGAUGUUCGUCCCUCUGAUGGACUCUUCGAGAUUGGUGCCGUUGUCAAGCAGGAGCAGGGUGUGGCCGAGUUCUCCCUCAAGAGUUGUUUCUACCAGGGUCUUGGCAAGGCUGAAGCGGCGCCAAUGGAUGACAAGAUGGCUUGGGCACACCGUCAAUACACCAAGCUUCUGUUGGAGAGCGCGGUGCUGAAGAAAUGCGUUCGACUCGGCAUUUUGGAUGCUUCGGAGAUCCAACCGACAUUUGCCGCUCCUCGCUCACAGUUCAUCGGCCUCCUUGCAUGUGGAGAUAAUGACCCGAGAUCUGACGUGGACUCUAUUCAGCCUCUAAAGCUUACCUUCCGAGCUUACCUUCCGACUCGGGCUCAAUCUUACCCUCUACCAUCUCUAUCCAACCGCAUGAGCAUGGAAGUGUCUCCGGAUUUUCCCGGUAACUCAGCUCCCCCGGAUGGAGUGAAAUGCAAGCACAGCGGAUCUGGUUCUAUUGAAGGUGGCUCCAAUAUGCUGGCUAACAAAAAAGCGGCGAACAAGAAGGACACAACACCCCGCAAGCCCAGUUCCCGUACAAAGGGCCUUCAAGGUGGCCCUAUAAAUAUCUUCCACUUGGAAGCGCCAAUGCUCAGCCUUUAA